AUGCAUACGGAUGAUGAGAGCGAAAUUGAAUGUACUGUAGCUAAACGUGUGGCUUCUUUUACCAUUGAAUCAGAUAGUCAAGCAGAAGGAAGUAUACCUCGAGAGUUUGAGCGUAUGAAGCGAAAGAGAAAGAUUGUGAAGCGACGAACUCUAUGUGAUGAUAUGGAUAUUGAUGUAUUUACUUCUGGAUCAAAUGUUACAACUAAAAGCAGAAUGGACUGGAAUGGUAUUUGCUCUACGAGUGAACUCUCAUCAUCUGAUACAUGCUCUUCAGAUGGUCGUGAAGCAGAUGAUGAACAGUCAGAUUGGGUUGAGUCUUCAAAUAAUGAUGAAAAUUUUCAUGUUCCACAGACUUCUGCAAAGCAACAAUUCCUUCUCAAGCCAUGUAUAGCACUAGGAGCAUUACAGCGAAAACUUGAAAGAUUCAUUCGCGAUCAAGGCCAACGUGAAAUUAUUGUGAGACACUGGGUCAAUUUCCGACAGAUUUUUGAAGUUUUACGUAUGUCAGAAGAAAGACAUUUGUUUGGCCGAAGACGAUUAACUUUAAAAGUUGAGUUUGAAACGGCGCUAACAGACACAUUUACUACGGAUAGUUUCGUAAAUCUGGUCGAUGAAGCCAUAAGUGUAAUUCUGGGCAAAGCAGCACCGUGUUAUUCGUUUGGUCCGUUUGACGAGAUCAGUCAUAAAGGAUCAGUAGUUGUGGAAACAAGGGACAUACAUCUCAUUUGGGCUGCGCUUUCAAUUUAUGGACGUUUUUUUGAUAAGCCUGUCGCCUUACAUCUUUUAUCGAAUAGAAUGGAUAUCUUCUUCCUCGUAUCGUGCUUUACAUUUGUUGUGAUUUUCAUUUAUGGUUUGCUGUUAAUUUUAGUAUACAUUUCAUUACCCCGAAAGGAACCACUAAUCUUUAAAGGGAAACAUGCAUUAAUUACAGGUGGAUCAAAAGGAAUCGGAAAGGCUAUAGCUUUGGCUUUCAUAGAGCGUGAUUGUUCUGUCUCUUUGCUUGCACGUGAUGAGGAUCAGCUCAAACAAACGUGCAAUGAAUUAAAUGCGUUUGCAAAAUCCAAACAAAAUAAUGCAGUUGCGAGAUACUACAGUAUUGAUGUUACUUUACCCUACGAAGUACUGGAAUCAGUAGUUAAAAAAGCAGAGAACGAACUCGGGGAUAUUAAUAUUCUUGUUAAUAAUGUCGGCCUUGCAGUACAAGGAACAUUUGAUUCGCUAGAUAUAUCAUUAUUCGAGCAGCAAAUGCGUCUAAAUUUCUUAAGCGCGGUUUUUUUUUGUGGUUUCGUGUGCGAGAUUGUGCAUUUAACGAAAACAGUAGUAUCGAAAAUGAAAAUAGCUAGAAGUGGUCAUAUUAUUUUUGUGAAUUCUGCCGCAGGUCGAUGUCCAGUUUGGGGAUAUACUGCCUAUGGAGCAACGAAAUUCGCUUUGCAAGGUUUUGCUAACGCAUUGCAUAUGGAAUUACUUCCGUAUCAUGUACAAGUUUUAUCGAUUUAUCCUCCAAAUACAAAUACUGAAGGUUACCAGCGUGAGAUGUUGUCUAUGCCAAAAGAACUGCAAGAAAUUUCUGCUAGUGCAGGAUUGUUUGAACCCAAGGCAGUUGCGGAACAUCUGAUGUAUGAUUUAUCUUUUGGUAACUCUAAUACGUAUGUUGGUCUAGAAGGCUGUGUACUUGGAGACUUGUCGGCGGGUGGUGGUCCAGAAAAAAGCUUCAUGCGUGCUCUCACUCAGGUUCUGUUUGCUGGAUUAUUUCGAGCUGCUAUGCUUAUUUACAUUGGUAAAUUUAACCGGAUAGUAAUGCAAUCUAAGCUAAAAUGA